AUGGACAACAUAUAUGACACAGUAGCUGAGGCUAGUGUGCAUGAAGAGCGCCGCGAUGGAUCCGACAGCCCCGACCGAGAGCCCAAAUAUGAGAGCUCAGGUGAGGCGAAGGAGCCGCUGUACAGCGAGGUGCAGGUCCACGUGUCCACCAAGGGAGAGGAGCGCAGCUCGCCGGACUACAUGGCCAUCAGAGACGAGGACAAACACAGCAGCUCGUCCUCUUCAUCCAGCGACGAUGAAGAGGCUAAAACUGAGGAAGUGGCAGAGGUGUGUGUAAAGCCAGAGCCAGAGGUGGAAGUCGAGGUGAAGGAAGUUAACGGCGGAUCCAGGCGCUCAUCGGCCUCCUCAGCAUCCUCCGCUUCCCCCGGAGACCCGUGCGACGACCCGCCGAUCCAGCACGAGCUCCAGGAAGAGGAGAACGCAGAGAAUGGGAUGCUGAUGUCGUACACUCUCCCCAGCACUGACACCACGCCAGAGGAGGCUGUCGACUUCAGCCUGAAAACUCUGGAGAAUGUCACUCUGCAUGACAGCAGCGCUGCGCCGGCGGAUCCCAGCCAGCCUGACAUCUCUCUGUUCGUCAAGGCAGGCAACGAUGGAGAAAGCAUUGGCAACUGUCCCUUCUCUCAGCGCCUCUUCAUGAUCCUCUGGCUCAAAGGAGUCGUGUUCAACGUCACAACCGUUGACCUCAAAAGAAAGCCAGCAGAUCUGCACAACCUGGCUCCAGGGACACACCCUCCUUUCCUGACAUUCAACGGAGAAGUCAAGACCGAUAUCAACAAGAUCGAGGAGUUUCUGGAGGAAACGCUCUGUCCUCCAAAGUAUCCCAAACUGGCAGCCAGGCAGAGAGAGUCCAACACAGCUGGAAAUGACAUCUUCGCCAAGUUCUCAGCCUUCAUCAAGAACACCAAACCAGAGGCCAACGCCGUUCUAGAGAAAGGUUUGAUGAAGGCCCUGAAGAAGCUGGAUGACUACCUGAACAGCACCUUGCCAGAUGAGAUCGACGCAGACAGCAUGGAGGAAGAGAAGGGCUCCAACAGAGACUUCCUCGACGGAAACGAGCUCACUCUCGCAGACUGCAACCUGCUGCCGAAACUGCACAUAGUUAAGGUUGUCGCUAAGAAGUACCGCAACUACGACAUCCCCUCAGAUAUGUCGGGGGUGUGGCGGUAUCUGAAGAACGCCUACUCACAUGACGAAUUCACCAACACCUGCGCUGCUGACUCCGAGAUCGAGACCGCCUACAAAGACGUGGCGAGGAGACUGGCCAAGUAACUCGCCAAGCGACCCGAGCUCAGACAAAAUAAACUAGUAACACAACACACAAAAAACAUCACUUUUCAACAUACAUGUGACAUGUGACCUUUUGAGUCUUCUUCAUUGGUAUUUUCAGGAACCAGAUUUUUUUUUUUGUCUGUCAUAGUCAGAGGUUGCUGGGUGGCUGUGAGAUGUUAUAGGCCCACUGCGUUACAGCUGUACGUGGUGUUGCAGAAGAGAAGUGGAGCGGACGAUAAAUCAAGCAGAGUUAACUUAAUUCACAGGUUUAAACCACGCUCAAAUGUUGCUGCCGUAAAACUUCUGACAUAACACUUUUCAAACAUGAUUGUGUCCCGUCUGUAUUUAUUUCUCAUAACACAAAGCUCUCUUUCAUACAUACUCCAGCGGUCCGCACGGCCAAACAUUUUACUAGCUGCUGAUGUCAGGGUCGUUCACUUUAUUUAUUCCUAAACCCACAGAAGUCUAGUCUGACUCCAGUGUUUAUUAUCAAGCUUUUGGCUCCAGGGGGAGACACCUUGAUUCAUCUAUGAUUGAUGAUUGGCACUAUAAUCUUAUUUGCUGAAUAUGACUGUUGUGAUCUGCAAAUUAAUUUUGAUUGUCAUUACUGUCGGUGUUGCUUGUUUGUUUCCUCGAGCUUGUACGCAUCUUGAAAUUCACUCCUGCUUCUGAAAGAUUGAUUUGAAAGAUUGAUUUAAAUAAUACGUUUAUAUGCUCAAUGAUGUUAGUUGCAAAGAUUUAGCUGACAAGGGCAUUGAUAGCUCAGAACAAAGCUUGUUUCUGAUUUGUUUGCGUGCAUGAAUCUGUUUUAAAUUGUUAUAUUUAAGAGCUUCUUUUCAAGAUGUGAAAAAUACUCAACGAUGUGCCUUUAUUUGGAAGUAUCAAAAAUCCACGCCAAUGUCACUGAUGGACUCAAAAAUGUAUUGCAGCCAGAGCUGAGACAUUUGUUCUGCCUCUAGCUAUUAGUGUUCAGUGUAGGUAUUGAUUUUGUCUUAAGUUUCACAUGAUAUUACGAAUGGAGAGAGUAUUUAUUUAGCAGCCCCAAUCAGGCCUGAUUAGGGAGAGCCAUUAGGGCUGCGAUGAAAAGCGUCUUCCAGGCCAGGUCCACAAUGGUCAGGAGGAGCCGUGCCCUCCAGCCCUUCAUCAAAGAGACAUUUCCUCCGCUCUUUGGAGCCUAUCAACAUCCGCAGGCCAAAGUUCAAGUUCAAAAGUUUCAUUGUCCAAGCAGAGAGAGGAUGGAAAUUUGUCUUGGGGGCUUAUCGUCUUUGGCUUCGUGUCAGGCUGCAACUAUAGCGAGACUUCCUUGAAGAACCAUAAGGCUCUUGUGUGGUUUGGACAAACAUAUGAUAUGAAAUUGGAGCAUGAUGACUGAGAGCCUUGC